CCCAACUAUCAUCAUCCGUGAAAAUGGCAGUGGCAUCUCCCUCCUCCUUCUACAUGGUGCUCUUCAUCCCUCAGUGAUCAUCCCCUGAUUGGGUGUAUGGGUGCCCCGCCAUGGAUUCCAACGGCUCCUAUACCCGCUCCUUCGACGAAUCCUUGAUUCGCGAAUUACCCCAGCUUCAGUCUCUCCGCAUUGCUCCCCUCCGUCAGCCGGUGUCUCGCCUCUUGGCUGUGCCCUCCCCGCUCGAACCCAAUGCCAGUCACGUCCGGGAACCCUCCAGUAACAACAAUCCUGGCAUCCUCCCUGCCCGCAAUGACUCGGCCCAAUCCGGAGCCACUGAAGGGGCGGCUGCUCCCCGACCGAAGAAGUCGGAUGCCCCUGCGGACUCCCUCCCGAGCUUGGAGGCGCCUCCCCGGCCAAUUCUCCCGGCUUUUGUCAAUCUCCGCGCUCUAGAACGAUACCCCUACUCCUCGUUUGAUGAUGACACCCUUCACUUCCGCAAGCGCAGGCGUUUGGGCGGUCAGGCGGACACGUUUAGUGAACACCUGCAGUUGCCUAUUCCUCAGGCGCAAAAGGAGCAGCGUCCACCGCCCUUCGGCCCUUUUGCUAUUCUCAAUGGUCUCAACGAGCCGCCCCCGAAUGCGGCCUUGCUUCCUCCAAUUGAACCCGGCUCGAUCACACAGCUACUGACCAAACCGUCUCGAGGCAGCGAGGCUGUGGAGCCGGGCUUACUCACUGCUAAUGCUGCAGAUAGCCAGAUCGCGGAGCGACGAGAAGGUCGCAUCGAGGAGAUUCUUGAUUCUCCGGUCGACAAAACGGUGGACGGCGAUGCGAGCGAUCUCGCCAGCGGACUGCUGGACGAUGUCGCUGCAGCGGAACGGACACGAACCGAAAAGACAGACACCGAGACUGACAAUAAAGACGCCUCCGCGGAGGACAAUACCGAGCCUCUGUCGCCUAAAACGCGGGGCCGGUCUCGCAAGAACCUUCGUAAGUGGACCGAGGAAGAGACGACUGCUCUGCUGCGCGGGGUGGUCAAGUGCGGCAUCGGCAACUGGACGGCGAUUCUGGCCCAGCCGGAGUUGAAGUUCAACAAGCGUAGCGCAUCCAAUCUGAAAGAUAGGUAUGGUAUAGCCAUGUGGACGUGGAGGAGACACUGGAAGCCAACUAAGUUACUCUAGGUUUCGUGUGUGUUGCCCCUGGGCAUAUCGGUGAGUUGAACGAGACUGUCGAAUGUGCACAUCUAAUCUAUCAAGGGCCGCGGAUCCCAAUGAAGCCACCAAGCAGCUGCAUGACACGCUCGCGAACGCCCUCUCGCGAGCCGAAACCGAAGGGACCGACGGACAAGCGGGGAAGAUCCAUCUCCCACACCCGCGUG